CUGACCUUUCUACUAUUCAUGAUUCCACAGCAGUGUUCACAAUGGCGGAUGAAAGGCAGACUUUGGCAAAUUCUGAGAGGCACCCCGAUUCUCCACCAGCCAGACAAAGGAGUCGCAGGAAACCACUAUGCCCAUGCAACACAUUUCUUCUUAGCAAGAUUUGUCUGAUGAUCUAUGCAAUAUUCCUUUUGAUCAUUGGUGCCAUUUUGAUUGGUGUUGGAGCAUGGGCAGAGAAUAUUCGACAGAAGAAUGCGGCAGUGAACACAUUUUUAUCCAGUCCCUCAGCACUGCUGAUUGUUGUUGGAUGCCUCAUAGUUAUCAUUGCUCUAGUGGGAGCCUUCAGCACAUUGCUGGAAAAAUUCAUUGGUAUUAAAGUGUUCCUGAUCUUGUUAAUUUUGAUCUUCUUGUUCGAGAUUGUGGUUGGAGUUGUGGCAUUUGUCUACAGAGAAGAGGCAGCUGAUAUUGUUGGUGAGCACCUGAGGUUUGCAAUAGAUGAGUAUGGGAAGGAUGAUGACAUCACAGAUGCCUUGGAUAAGAUGCAAGAAGAGAUGAACUGCUGUGGGUUCAUCUUGUACAAAGAUUGGGAAAGAAACGAGUUCUACAGCUGUAAUGCCACUGGAGACGUGGCUUGCGGAGUUCCCUCCUCCUGUUGUACAGAACAAGCGCUUGCAAAAUCAGGUGACAAGUGUGGGUGGAAAGUUAGAGAUGCCAAUGGGAACAUUGAUCCUGGGACAGUGAUAAAUGUGAAGGGCUGUGCCUAUGCAUUCAUCAGCUGGAUAGAAGACAACCUGGAUGUUAUUGGAGCCAUUGCACUGGGAUUUGCUAUACCACAGGUUAUUGGUAUCUUCCUUGCAUAUAACUUUAUGAUCAUGGUAGAUGACAGGAGACAUCUGUACAAGUCCACAUAUAUCUAAACCAAGGAGAGUUCAGAUUGGUUCUAUGCCAGAAUACGGAGACGCAAAGAAUGGUGUAAAAUAAACUGGCCUUCCAGGGGUUGGAGACCUUGUUAAUGCUUUAUUACUAAGAUGGUGACAAUGCAAAGCAUGUUUUUUACAGCUUAUAUCAAGUUUGGCGAAAAAUAGGAUGAAUUAAGGUCAUCAGUGACAUUUGUGUUGACCUACACAAGUGGCUAGGUGCAAGCUGUCUUAGACAAGAGUCCAGGUCAUUGCUGUGUUCUGUUAAAACCAGUGCCAGCUGGGGAAUAGUGCUAUUUAUACAGAGACUUACAAAACCAAGAUCAGUGUCCAUACAGGAUGGAUGUCAAAUUUGAGCAUGACCGCUUGAUAUAUGGUACUUGAGAAUGAUUAAGAAUGUUUGUAAUUUCACCAUUUUCAAUUUUGAGACAAAAGUUUGGAAAGUUAGUUGUGCAUUGGAUUGAUUGAUACCACCAAACAAUGAUGUGGGCUCUUGUUGGACACAGUACUUUUGAGGACAGACUUCCAGUUUGGAAUUCAAGAAGUUUUGUAAAGGCAUCUCUCAGCUGAUACUGUUUAAAUCUCAGCCGUAUGUUUAUCUUGCCGAAAGAAUAGAGCUGCUGUCAGUUGCUCUGACAAUCGCAUAUUGUCCUUUAUGUAAUACCUCUUAUAUAACUGGCAGCACAGCUCUGCCCCCCUGCUCUUGCCAAGCAGGAUAUAUCUAAGCAAUUUAUAUAGAGAACCAUGCGAUGAAACAAUCUGUGUUUUCACACCCACCUAGCUUAUUUUGAAUAGUUUAUAUUUGUAUCUUUAUAUUUUUGUGUUUUUGUGCAUCUAUUUUUUGCAUUUUCCGAGAUUAUUAGUGAAUGAUUAAUUUUUUUUUUUUAUAACUUUGCCAUUGGUUCACUUGCCAAGAUGAAGGGUUAAAUGUUAAGGAUAGAACAGGUAUUUGAAGGAUUAUUUGCAAUUAUGAUCAAAAAUGGAUUUGAGGUUUUCAUAACCCUAAAAGAUAUUUUGUACUCUUGUUGUUACAUGUUGUCAUAUAUAACCAAACAAACUAGUCAGCUCACUUAUUAUUCCCAGUUUGAAUCUCACCACACAUAAGCACCCUGAGUGUGUUUUAGCCAACUUUUGUUUACAUACCAGUUCAGUGUGUCACAUGCUCUCAGACAUGAGAAAUCACUUGAUGAUAACCUAAAGAUACCAUCAAACAAGUAAAUUGACUAUUGACCAGUUAUAUAUUGAUCUGUCUGGGAAAGUGUGACAAGAAGGGUUAAUUUUUUUUUCAAAGAACAUGAAAGUGGACUGAACUUGCUGGGGCAAUCAGUAUGGAAGAAUUCAGAGUCCAGUUUCCUAUGUGCCAAAUAUUACUUAAAUUGGGUAUUAUAACUUACAGAGCAUAAAUAUCUGUUCACUUUUUUAAGUACCUUAAUGUUUAGCCAAAAAAGUUGUCUUUGUUAGAUCUGUUGUAAGGUAGUUGACAAUAUUUGAAA